CCUUGCCCAGCUCCCCUACCUCGGCCGCCUUGCCUUGGGCCAUGAUGCUCAAUUCGGACCAGACCGAGCUGGACCUCCAGCCGACGCACUCCGAGACGGAGUCGGUCUUCAGCGACUGCGGAGGCAGAGGCCUCGCAGGGGAAGAAGCCGGCGGCGGCGGCGGCGGGCUGGGCUUGUGCAGCCAGUCCCGGGUAGCUGAGCCUGGCGACCCUCUGAAGAAAGACCUGCAGCACCUGAGCCGCGAGGAACGGCGGCGGCGGCGGCGCGCCACGGCCAAGUACCGGACGGCGCAUGCCACGCGAGAGCGCAUCCGCGUGGAGGCCUUCAACAUGGCCUUCGCCGAGCUCCGCAAGCUGCUGCCCACGCUGCCCCCGGACAAGAAGCUCUCCAAGAUCGAGAUCCUGCGGCUCGCCAUCUGCUACAUCUCCUACCUGAACCACGUGCUGGACGUCUGAGAAGGGCCUGGCCUGGCCGGAGGAGCCCACACUCCUCCUCGUCUCCAACCUGUCUCUGCUUUCCUGCUUCACCUCCUCAGGGGAAAAUAUAUGUAUAGCUCGAUCUCGAUCUACUGUAGAUAUAGAUGGGGGGCAGCUGGUGGAGCCAGCCAGAUGGACCUGCUCCUCCAACUCUCUGCCUGGUGGAAACGCCUACAGAUG